CCCAUGAACUUCAAAAUUAUAUAAAAUUACUAUUAAAUCUAUUUAUUCCUAUACAUAUAUAUACCAUAAGCCAUAUAAAAAAAUAUGCGUUAAUAAAAACACGCACCUUUUACCUAUGUACCUUGAUAAUAAACAACAAUAACAUAACAAAUCUGUCAACAAGUACCAAGGGUCAAUACUAUAAGUAGAGCCCUCUUUACAUGAUACAGCCAGUCUGCUAACAUCAUUCUAGCCUGUCAUGUACCUUUUACACCGACUUAUUGAGUUGAUCGCUAUAUCCUCCAUUCACGGGUCAUUGCUGCUUGGUUGACGGAAAUUGUUACUGUUAUAAUUUCUUACAAAUUAAAAACAUUAAGUGUUAUAAAUUAAUUUUAUUCAACACCUUUUGAUUUCAAAAGAUCUUUGUAAUCUACCAUCAAUCAACCAACUUCGACACAGUUAAGGUACAGGAGCACGUGUUCAAAUACCGUGUAUGAAAAAUUCGUCUGACAUAAUUUAUAUAACUGGAACAAAGGAUUCCACGAAAAAAGUAGUUCAAGAAUUGGAGGAAAUUAUAUUUAAGUUGAAAAGUAAAAUUGAAAAAGAAAUAACAAUUGAUCAACGUCACCACGGAGCGAUAAUUGGAGUUAAGGGUGAAAAAGUUCGAGAACUUCAGAAAAUAUUUAAUGUUCAAAUUAUAUUCCCCAGUCCAAUCGAGGCUAGAAAUAAUUCAGUUAAAAUACGAGGUUUGAACGAUGAUGUAAGUAAAGCAUUUAAAUCAUUAGCUGAAUUAGCCGAAGUAUUGGAUGAAACCAACUAUGUGUUGGAAAUUCCUAUUUUUAAACAUUUCACAAACUUAGUGCUGGAAAAAGAGCAGUAUUUAUUAAAAAGAUUAGAGAAGAGACCGAUACCAGUAUUUUUUUACCACUUGAAGGAAACAAUAGUGAUGUUAUUAAAGUCAUGGGAAAUAAAAGAAAAGUUUUAAUCGCUUAUGAUAUGAUUAAAGAAAUACAAAAUGAAAUAGGAGACGUAAUAACAAAGGAAAUGGUGUUGGGAAAUGAUAAAGUUAGAAAUGUCAUUGUAAAUCUUAGGAAUAAAUUCAUUCAAUCUAUAAAAGAAGAUUGUGGGGAGUAAUAUGACAUUGAAUUUACCAACUUUUAAAGGAGAUAAUGUAAGAAUAUACUUAUUUAUUAAACUUAUAAAAUAAAAUGACAAUUUAACCAAUUGUAUAAGUUAUUAUAGCGUGAUAUAUGCUCAGGCAUCGAUUUGAACCUGGCCUCUGACAGUUUCUCUCUUUGAGUAGGAGACGAUUGUCUCAAGAGAAGAAACUGCUUCCUCUCUCGUAAUAUAAUAAACUAUAGUUAUCAAAGGACCUGAAGAUGAUGUUAAAAAUG